UGCGUUGUUCGAGCAAGAAACGAGAAAUUUCUCACCUCAAUUUUCAUUUAUCAAUCGCAAAUCGUUUUGCGCUUCGUACGUUGCAUUUGUAAGGAAAAAGUUAACAAAUUAAUCGAGAAAUGUCCGAGCAGCACUUCGACAAGUACGAGCACUUUAACUACGAUCACGACAAGCACAUUUUUACUGGACACAGUGGUAAACAGAGAAGCAAAAGAGAAGUUGCUGACCAUACGAACCAUUUCGAUCCCAGCGGCCAUUCCAGAAAGAUUCUCACCAAGCUCAUAAACACCGAACACAACAAGAGAGUCCCUGUAGUCAAGACUACCAAGGCCUAGUGAACCUAAGAUCGCCUCAUUUUUAUCCAUUGCAUCUCAUCAUCAGUGGGAUCUCCACUUUUCCACCAACCACAAUGUCACCGGUUCGAAUAGAUCUUCAUGGAAGGUGCAGCUGCUGGAAGAUCGUUGCGUGCAGUUAACGGGCCGUAGAAACGUUUACUUCAUCGAUCAUUAAAUAAAAACAAAAAAAAAAAAAAAGAAGAAACGCAAAAUUUUCGUAAUCAGCUAAUCAUCAAACGCGUUUAAAGAACCGGUUAACUUACUCGCAGCGAUUGGCCAUGUUGUCGAUCUCUGAAAUUCGAAAUAUUCGUUAAUUACACUAAUAAUUUACUUACCUAUAUAUACUAUUAUACUUACUCAAUAUCUUAUAAUCCGCAUUUCUCACAGAUAGCUAUAUUUAGUGAUAACGUUGUAUCAAUAUUACAGUUAAUAUACUAUAGGAUAGUAUAUUAUGUUUUAGAGAUAAUAUUUUUAGCUCUGAACUUUCAAAAAACAUAAUUCGGCUGAAAAAAACGCAUUCAAUACUGCAACGUAGGUGUAGGUAUACUUUAUACUAUAUAAUGUUCGCUCCACUGUAUAAAUUUGACUUACGGAAUCGUGAUCUCAAUUAACGGAGCUUCGUGUCCGUAAGAGAGGUGGAAGAUACAAAAAUUCAAAUAAAAAAAACUUAAACAUC